AUGGGAGAAAUGGACCUAGGCGGCUCAUCCAGGGCUAAAUCCCUGAACCUGCAGUCCAGUGACCACUGCAGUCCACUGGUCCAGAACCGGGUCCACCUCUACCAUUUCCUGCUCUUGAAGAUCAUUCUCUUCAACCAGUGGCUGUCAGGGCUGGUCCAGGAGGCCCAGGGGUCCUGCGGCCAGCAGGCCCACCCACUGCCCAGGCUGGCAGCCUGCCCUGUAGACUGGGUUCUACGGGCUGGGCUGGCACUGACAGAGGGCCCUGUGUGGCUGGUGCGGAGGGGGCCCAGGCGAGUGUGGGCAGGCAUGCUGGGCUGUGCCCGGGCCUUGGGCCUGGACCUGAAGUGGCUAGGUGCCUGGGAGCAGCUGGGCCUGUCUGUGACCACCUGGGUGGACCUUCUUCUGUCCUGUCUGCACAGCCUGAUGCUGGCGGCCUUGCUGCUGCUGCUGCUGGCCUGGAGACUGUGCUGGAAGGCCCACUGCCUCAGCCUGGGCUGGCUGCCUAGCAAGGCUCUGCUGCAGAAGCACGUGAUGCUGGAGCCAUUGGCACUGCUGAAGCGCCUGUACUGGUGGGUGGAGAGCACGAUAGCGCCCACCUCUUGGCACUUGGCCUAUCUCAUCACUUGGACCACCUGCCUCGCCUCUCACCUGCUGCAGGCUGCCUUUGAGCACACAGCCCAGCUGGCCCAGGCCCAGGCGCAGCAGGCUGAGCCCCAGGGGGCUUCAAGGACUUUAUAUGAGUCCCCACUCCUUGAGUCCCUGGCUACUAAGCCUGGGCCAGUCCUGCCAGAGCAUGGAAAUCAUGGAGAAUAA